ACGCGUAGUGCGACACCAGAUUGCACGGGAGCGAGCGGAGCUUCAGGGACCUCGAGUCUCACUGGUUCAGGGGCCUCGAAUCAAAGCAGGCCCAGCGGUGAAUGUGCGUCGUGAACCGGGCUGUAGGAUGCACGGGAGCAUCAUUAAAUAGAUGAUGCUUUGCCUUCUUGAUGCAAGCCGCCGCCUCCUCGGUUUUCCUCCCGUUUCAACUGUGUCUGACUCACAACAAAGGAACUGCCCAGAAUGCCUUGCGGUUAGCCCUACGGUGUACGCGCAUUCUCAACGCCCGAUGAAGACGCGAGUUGGAUAGAGUAGUUUCUGAGGCCUUAUGAAUUGUGGGAGUGGUGACUGCCAUUACUCCGAACGGGCCACCAUGUGUCUUUUAUUACAUUCUCACGGCUUUUAGAAGGAGAAUGUGUUGAGGUAAAGCAUAAACCAAAUGUCACAUCAAGAUCUGACAAAGUCUCUUGAUUCAUCAGCACAUGAACAUCAUUGGCCUUUGAAUAUUGAAGCAAAGAACACUGUUCACUAUGGAGAGAAACCAUACAUGUGUCCUGUGUGUGGACGAGGCUUCAGCCAGUCAUCUAGUCUGUCAAGACAUGAGCGCAUUCAUACUGGGGAUAAACCCUGUAAAUGUGGAGACUGUGAGAAGGAAUUCAGUUAUCCUUAUGAGCUGGAAACUCAUCGGCGUAUUCACACCGGAGAGAGGCCAUUUACCUGCUGUAUAUGUGGGAAGGGAUUUAUUCAAUCAUCUGCCCUAUUGACGCACCAACGUGCUCAUACUGGAGAGAGACCAUUUGUCUGCUCUGUGUGUGGGAAGGGAUUCACUCAAUCACCCCAUCUCACUGAACAUAAACUCACACACUCUGAUAAGAGACCAUUUCAGUGCUCUGACUGUGAAAAAAGUUUUAAAAGCAAAAAGGAUCUGCUGACACACCAGCGAGUUCACACUUGGGAGAGGCCAUUCACUUGCUCAGUGUGUGGGAAGGGAUUCAUUGAUUCAUCCCAUCUAUUGCGACAUCAACAAACACACACUGGGGAGAGGCCAUUCACCUGCUCUAUGUGUGGGAAGGGAUUUGCUCAGUCAUCCCAUCUCAUUGAACAUGAACUUGUCCAUUCUGAUCAGAGACCUUUUCAGUGUUGUGAAUGUGAGAAGAGAUUUAAAAGUAAAAGGUACCUAUUGAAGCACCAACGCACUCACGGUGGGCAGAAGCGUUUCACCUGCUCCCUCUGUGGGAAAGGAUUCACUCAGUCAUCUGAUCUGCUGAGACACCAUCAACUUCACCUGUGACUGCAGGGCUGGAUUCUGCUGUUCAUAAUGCUGUUAUUCACAUCCAAGAUUGAACUGUAUUUGUUCCUACUGAUGUUGAUCACUUGUUUAACUGAGAUGGAAUUUGAUAUUUUGAGUAAAUCAGGAAGCAUUGUUGAAAGACAUUAACCUAGAUACUUUAUAGGCCAGGUAGUUGUUUCAACAGAGUAAACUGAAGUUGUGCAUCAGUGAUGCGAAAGGAAAUUGAAAAUUCCAAUGGACAAUUUUCCUGUGUCCAGAACUCUUUGAAAAGAGCCUUAAAGUUUAAGAAUUCUGACAGUUCCAUCUCACUUAAGCUCAAUUGCUCUCCAAGAAAGGGUAGAGGAUGAAAAAAAUGAAAGUUUGACUCAGCAUUAGUCCUUACCAAUGACACCACCCUAGGUUUCCUUACAAGCCGCACUCCUGACCUGAGCCCACCAGACCUGGCAGCACCAGACCUACCCUUAACACAACAUUCUGACCUCACCUGUGAUGACAACUCUCCAACUUACUGUAAGCACUCAUCAUCUUACCGUGCAUUUAUGUCUUACAUUCACUUGGCACCCUAAUUCCCUCAACUACCAGUAUGCUCCACCUCAUCCACCUGUCACCCUUCAACUGUUUCCAACGUACCCUCUCACUUAGUCUUUCACGUCUCUGCUGGAAGUUUUAAACUUCAGAAUACAGCACUCUACUUAAAAAAAGGUGCAUGAUUUCUACGAUGAUCAAGGAUUCCUGGAUAGGUUCAUCAUAGGAGGCCCCUGUCCAGAAAUCUGCAGCACCAAACCAGUGAAUAUUUUUUUUAAUCUGACCAGAUUCAAUCUUAAAAUCAAUUAAAUAAGAAGUUAAACUACAUUAAUCUGUAUGGAAUUUCUGGGCUAUUGUUUUAGUUUUUGAUUUUAAUCACCUUGUUAGAGAUUUAGAUUAGAUUACUUUACAGUGUGGAAACAGGCCCUUCGGCCCAAUAAGUCCACACCGACCCGCUGAAGCG